AAUGAAGAGACCGAUAAUGUCUUAAAAAGAGAAAAAGGAUCUUCAUUUUCAGUUUUGUCGUCUUUUGUGGACUAUUUCUGGACACAAGACUAGAGGAUAUCAUGUUGACUGUCCAUAACAUUCAGUUUAGCAUCUUCUUGCUAUUUUGGGGUUGGGUUUUAUCCACCGAAUGCAGAACUCAUUGGCAAGGAAAAGAAAUACAUGAAGUCUAUAAGAAGGGCAGUCGGCCUCAAAGACAGAGAAGAGAAACACAUGGAGAAUCACACAAGCAAGGCAGUCCAAUACUGAAAAGAAGUCCUGACAUCACCAAAUCACCACUGACAAAGUCAGAACAGCUUCUGAGAAUAGAUGAUCAUGACUUCAGCAUGCGGCCAGGUUUUGGAGGCCCUGCAAUUCCUGUUGGAGUGGAUGUACAAGUUGAAAGCUUGGAUAGUAUUUCAGAGGUUGAUAUGGACUUCACCAUGACACUUUACCUCAGACACUACUGGAAAGAUGAAAGACUAUCAUUUCCAAGUACCAAUAAUCAAAGUAUGACCUUUGAUGGCAGGCUAGUGAAAAAGAUCUGGGUACCUGACAUGUUCUUUGUGCAUUCCAAGCGAUCUUUUAUUCAUGACACCACUACUGACAAUGUCAUGCUUCGGGUCCAGCCAGAUGGGAAGGUACUUUACAGCCUGAGGGUUACCGUCACAGCUAUGUGUAAUAUGGAUUUCAGCCGCUUUCCCCUUGACACACAAACGUGUUCACUGGAAAUUGAAAGCUAUGCUUAUACUGAGGAUGAUCUUAUGCUGUACUGGAAGAAUGGAAAUGACUCCCUCAAAACAGAUGAGAGGAUAUCAUUAUCUCAGUUCCUUAUACAAGAGUUUCACACCACCACCAAACUUGCCUUCUACAGCAGCACAGGCUGGUACAACCGACUCUACAUUAACUUCACUUUACGCCGCCAUAUCUUCUUCUUCUUGCUCCAGACCUAUUUCCCUGCCACUCUGAUGGUCAUGCUUUCUUGGGUAUCCUUUUGGAUAGACCGCAGAGCUGUGCCUGCAAGAGUACCUUUAGGGAUCACGACGGUGCUGACCAUGUCAACCAUCAUCACAGGUGUCAAUGCCUCCAUGCCUCGGGUUUCCUACAUCAAAGCUGUGGACAUUUACCUCUGGGUCAGUUUUGUAUUUGUCUUCCUAUCGGUGUUAGAGUAUGCAGCAGUGAACUACCUGACUACUGUACAAGAGCGUAAGGAAAGGAAACUGCGUGACAAGCUCCCUUGUACUUGUGCACUACCUCAGUCAAGGCAAAUGAUGGGGAUGGAUGGCAGCUACAGUGAUGGGGAAGUGAAUGAACUAGACCAAUAUGUUUCAGAAAACGGAGAUAAACAAGACAGAAUGAUGGUUCAACUGGCACUUGGUACAGAAAGAAAUUCUAGUAGAAGGAAAAACCAGAGAUAUAGCAGCAUGAGGAUUGACACCCACGCCAUUGAUAAGUAUUCUAGAAUAAUAUUUCCAGGGGCAUACAUUUUAUUUAAUCUGAUAUACUGGUCCAUUUUUUCAUAG